UCUAGCAAUAGCCCUAUCAAAACCCUAAUCUUAUCCUCUCUUUCUUCCCUUCCCUUUGAUAAUAUGAACCUUGACGGCAAAGCUGCAAUGGACUUGGUUCCACAACCCGACCAUCUUUGCUAUGUCCGCUGCAACUUCUGCAACACUGUUCUUGCGGUUGAGAUCCCGGGCAAAAGGUUGCUGGAAACAGUAACAGUGAAAUGCGGUCAUUGUAGUCAACUCUCCUUUCUCAGCACCAGGCCCCCACUUGAAGGUCAAUGCCUUGAUCCCCAAACAAGCCUCACUCUCCAGAGUUUCUGCGGUGAUUUCAGGAAAGGUGCUCAGUUUUCAUCCUCAUCUUCGUCAACGUCGAGCGAGCCAUCAUCCCCUAAAACACCAUUUGUCGUAAAACCCCCUGAGAAGAAACACAGGCUUCCAUCUGCUUACAAUCGGUUUAUGAAGGAGGAAAUACAGCGCAUUAAAGCAGCAAACCCUGAGAUACCACAUCGAGAAGCUUUCAGCGCAGCAGCUAAAAAUUGGGCUAGGUACAUCCCAAAUUCUCCAACAUCAUCAUCUAUUUGUGGAAGCAGCAGAAAUGUAAGUAAAUCAUAUGUAUGUAUAUAUAUAUAUAUAUUCGUACGGUUAAUCUCAUUGUCUAUUUAA